CCCCGCACUAGCCUCAUUGACCUUAUUUCUUAACCUUACCCUUCAUCUUGAUCACCCGUCCACUAAGCUCAACCUCUAGCGUAUCGCGAUGUCCGCGUUUGUUAGUCCGCUCGUCCUGUGGUCGCUCGGCGCUGCCGCUGCCGCCUACGCGCUGUGGAAGGUGCUCUACUUCUUUGUGAUUGAGCGUUUCACGUCGCCUCUGCGCGACCUGCCCAGCCCGCCGAACCCCAGUUGGCUGUACGGCAACCUGCAGGAGAUCUCCGAGGCCGAGAACAGCGUCAAGCAGGAGGCAUGGGUGCAAGAGUACGGAACGACCCUCAAAUACAAGGGAUGGUUCAGUCGCGACAGGGUGUACACAAUCGACAUGCGCGCAAUGAACCACAUCCUCACUCAUUCGUACGACUUUCCGAAGCCUCCCUUGGCCCGUUGGUCUCUGUCCCAAAUUCUAGGAGCGGGUAACCCUGCGUUCGGUCCCGCCCAAAUCCGCGGGUUGACCGAGGUGUUUGUAGAGAAGGCUUAUGAGCUGCGCACUAUGUGGAACGCCGAGCUCGAGAAGCACGGCGCACCCGCGCGCAUCGACGUGCACGCAGGGCUGAGCCGCGCGACGCUCGACGUCAUCGGCCUCGCAGGCUUCAACUACGAGCUCGGGUCGCUGAGCGUCGACGGGAGCACGAACGAGCUCAACAGCGCGUUCGCGGUGAUGUUCCAGGCACUCUCCGGCUCGCAGAUCAGCUUCAUCCGCAUGCUCAAGGCGUACGUCCCGCUCCUGCGCGUCAUUCCCGACAGAGUGUCGCGCCGCACGGCGGCGGCGCAGAAGGUGACGCGCCGCAUCGGCCUGCAGCUCAUCGCGGAGAAGAAGGCGGAGAUCGCCAAGGCGGCGCAGCACGGCGAGAAGGACGCGCUGCGCAGCCGCGACCUGCUCACGCUGCUGAUGCGCGCGAACAUGAGCACGGACAUCCCGGAGAACCAGCGGCUGUCGGACGAGGACGUGUUGGCGCGUGAGUUCUUGGUCGCCGGACACGAGACGACGAGCAACGCGACGGCGUGGUGCCUGUAUGCGCUGGCGGGCGCGCCGGACGUGCAGGCCCGUCUGCGCGAGGAGCUGUUGGCGUGGCCCACAGACAACCCGACGAUGGACGAGCUGAAUGAGCUGCCGUACCUGGAUAUGGUCGUGCGCGAGACGAUGCGCCUGCACGCGCCCGUCGCGGCGACCAUCCGCGUGGCGGCGAAGGACGAGGUCGUGCCGCUCGGCAAGCCGUACACGGACAGACACGGGCAGGUGCACGACAGCGUGACGAUCCCGAAGGGCAGCCCGGUGCUGAUCCCGAUCCUGGCGAUGAACCGCUCGAAGGAGCUGUGGGGCGAAGACUCGUUCGAGUUCAAGCCGGAGCGGUGGGAGGCGAUCCCGGAGCCUGUGGAACACAUGCCGGGCGUAUGGAGCCACAUGAUGAGCUUCCUGGGCGGGCCGCGCGCGUGCAUCGGCUACCGCUUCUCUCUCGUCGAGAUGAAGGCGCUGGUCUUUGUGCUCGUGCGCGCGUUCGAGUUCGAGUACGCGGUGCCGACGAGCGAGAUCACGAAGAAGCAGGCGAUUGUGCAGCGGCCGUUCGUGAAGAGCGAGAUGGAGAAGGGCAGUCAGCUGCCGCUGAUCGUGAAGCCGUACGUGCGUGCAUAAGCGAACUUUCACAAUAAAUUAUAGGCCAAGCCGCCAUGGGUGCGUGUUUUUUCAUAACAUGGUGACCUUGUUUUUCUGGAACAAGAUCACUGUAUGUGCUCUGUAACACACGGAUUCUACUCUGUACGCAUAAUGAAAUAUGGUAUCGUCGCGAUCCAA